AUGCCCGGAGUGGCUCAUUUACUGGCAAAUGGUAGCAACUCUAAAGAGAGAGCCAUGAAGAAUCCUAUGCUACUAAAUAACUUUAUGAAGGAAAGUACCUCGCAGGAGAACUCCUCUCCGCCCCCAAUGAUGGGGCUGUUAUCGAGGCUCAAACAAGCUAAUGAAAUGAACGGCAACAUUGAUAAAGAAGAGCAGUUUAAAAGUCCAAUGUCACCUCAAUGUGUGGAUGAAACAAAGAAAUCAUCAUUUACGUCUAAGGACGUUUCCAAGUCCUUAUUAGACAACUUAAAGGCUGGCAUGGGUGCAUCAAAUGACAAUCGAAAAAAGACAGCGCCUAAAGAGGCCAGUAUACUCUCUAGACUGAAGUCUUCUAACACCAAGGUUGGAAACGAGUCGUCAAGUGAUCGUGAAGCUUUAUCUUCAUCACAAUCUUCGAAACAAUUAAACUCAAAAAAAUUAAAGAAGACAGCAACUUUACUCAGUAAAGGAAGUGUUACCCCUAAGAGUAGUAUUGGAGAUAGUGGAAGAAUUCUGGAUUAUUCUGACAGUGAAUUUGAAGAUUCGGACUCAGGUUCAGAAACAGGUUCACCGGAACCUCCAGUACAACCAUUUUGGUCUAUGUUUGAAGACAGCAUACUGAAAAUUAACGACCAGACAGACACAAUGACAUUGCAGCCCCGCCCUAACUUUAAGUCAAGCGAUGACUUCAAGGACGUAAUGACAGGAAUGUUUGGUAAUACAGAAUACGGACGGGCAAAGAGUUAUACUUUACUUAAAGAGAAAAUCAACAGAUUAGCCAACGUUUCCGGUAUGGCUUCCAGGUUGUUUCAUAGUGCUGCGAAAGAAGCAAACGAGACAGAGGACGAAGGGGAUGAGGAGGAAGAUGAAGAGGCGAAGGAAACAGCUAAGGCAAAUGACAUGGAAAAUAUUAAAUCAGAAUUAAAAGGAGCUAAACGAGGUUGGAAACUUAUACGGAGAAAUGUUAAUGAAACUGCGCUUGCGGAACAUACAAAAGAAUCAAAGCUGAAAUGGACAAUGGUACGACAUCAUGUGACUCGAAUGACGGAUUUGGAAAAGGCCCGACAGGACCUGUACGAGAGGUAUGGAAUAGUACCAGUGGAACAAGAGGAUGGUUCCAUGCAGUGUAAGAACGUCAUGUGGAGUAAAAGGGCUAUAUCAUUGAACAUGACACAUCCUAGUUUUUACAAAAUUCCUUCCAAGUCGGACGGUAAGAAAAAGAAAGGUCGUGUGCAGAGUGCUCGCCCUGCCUCAAACAUUGCUAGGCCUCUUACUUCUAGUAAAAAGAUGAAUACUAAAAUGCUGCCUAAUAGGCCAGCUUCAGAAAGUAGGAUUCUAAGGUGA